AUGUCUCUGACGAUUUUAGCUUCUUCCAAGAUUGCUCAAUCCUGGAAAAAGAAAAUCUUGGUGGAAAGAAACGAUUCUCUAAGUACUUCAAUCACCUUAUCUGAUGGUAAAUCUACGUUCUUUUUUGCAAAUUCUGAAGAACAUAAUCAAAAUUCUGAGAAGGUUAUGGAGCCUAAGGAGACUGUUCCUUUUGAUGGUUUUCCUCCGGUUACCAAAACCCCAAAAAGGGUAACGUUUUUGGAGGCAUCUUUAAAUUCUGAAUCCCUUUCUGAUACUGUAACAAUGGAUUCUGACAUUUGCAAUGAUGAACCAUUGGUCUGUCCUGCAAUAGCCUCACUAGAUGCUGAUCCCUCUCUACCUCCAUAUAACCCUAAAAACAAUUUCCUUUCUCCAAGCAAACCCAAGCUAGAUGACUGCUACUUGUUUGAGUUACUGUCUGAGAACCUUUCAGACAUAGAUGGCAAAGAGGCGUUCACUGAAGCAACGGUUGAUCAAGAAGAGGAACCUGCAAUGCCUGUUGCUAAGCAAAUUGAUGAACCUACACUACCUGUUGCUGCUGAGGACAUAUCUGAGCCAAAAAUGAAAUCAAAAUCAAGAUCUUCAACAAUAUUGAGGUUUUUAUCUCUGAUGUUGGUACUUAUGAUUUCUUUCUUAUCAUUCUCAGUAACUGAUUCUCCUAUACUUGCUACCUCUGGGUCUAUUAUAGACUUAAGAUUCUCUAAUGUCAGUAUUCCAUCACCUAUUCCGGUAUUGGCUUUUCCAGUUUUAGCUAAGGCUAAUAGUUACUUUAAGCAAUUCUUGGGUGAAGUGGUUUCUUAUUUCUCAAAGUUUAUUAAUGACCUUGGCAGUACUGGUAGUGAGGAAUUGGAUAAAAAGUUCGAACCAAUUGAGUUAGUAGAGGAUGAAGAAUCUGAAACCGAGCCAGAUAAGGAAGAAUUUCAAAUGGAUGCUGAUUUAGAUGACGGUGGGGAAGUUGAAAUUGAAGGAGUGGAUGUGUUGGAGAUUGAAGAAGCUUCCACAAUUCAAUUAGCUGAGGGGAAUGAAUCUGAUAGUUCAGAAAGGGAUUUGGACCAAGGGCUUACAACUUCUAAUGUUGAGGUUGAGUUGGCUGAAUACCAAUCUUUCAUUGCUAAUAAUGCACUUGAGUCAAUGAUUGACAAUCCUGAAAGCAUUGUGAAAGAAAUUUCUGAUGUUGAAGAAGCCCAACCUUUGGAAAUAAUAGAGUCUCCAAUAAGACAUAAUGAAGAUAAUGUUGGUGCUUAUCAUAUCCUGGGAAUUUCCUCACUUGUACUGAGUCUACUUGUUGGUAUAGUUCUGUACUUGAAGAGAAGAAGUGAUAAGACUUUGCAUCCAGUAGCAGUCUCAAGUAAGAAAUUUGCCGCACACCAUGUUGUCAAAGAGAAGCAUUCCUCUCAAAAUUAG